GGUGGAGAAGGGGAGUAAGAGUUAGUUCGGAUUUUACACCAGUCUUGUAACAUCAACAUCAGUUACACCAGAAAUAUAUUUUUAACUCUACUUUAAAUAGACAUACACCGACAUAUAUAUAUCCACUCAGAAAACAGAAAUAUAUACUUCUAUACAGUUACAACCACACACGCAUAUACAUACAAACUUACACAUAUACAUACACAGGUACAUAUAUAUUCACAUAGAUUUACAUAUAUAUAUAUACUUACAUUUACAUAUAUCUAGCUUUAUAUAUCUAGUUACAAAUAGACAGAUAGAUAGAUAGAUAGAUACAUACAUACAUACAUACAUACAUACAUACAUACAUACAUAUAUACAUACCAAUACAUACAUACACACACUCAUACACAUAUAUGCAUACAUAUAUACAUAAAUGCAUAUGAGUAUAUGCAUACACCUGCGCAAUUAUAUGAAAUUCCAUUCACUUUCUUGAGCUUUCAUGCACAUUUGCACGUUUAGACUUUUACGCUACACAUAAAUAUGCACAUGUACCAGGUGAAAUAGAUAGUAAGUUAGAUAGAUAGAUAGAUAGAUAGAUAGAUAGAUAGAUAGAUAGAUAGAUAGAUAGACAGAUAGAUAGAUAGAGUCAUAUAACAAUAGUAUUUCCCGUGCCGAGUGCAUGAAGCUUUGAGCCGAUCUAGGUGUGCAUUGGUGCACUGCUAUAUAUAUAUUCAAUACACCUAUGUUUUCCAGUAAAGCAGCUCUGAAGCUGAUUACAUACAUUUCACAAUAACACGACCACAUUAUUCUGAAGACAAAACAUUACUGACACAUAUAUCUGAGGUCUGUGUACACACCCACAAAUAUAAGCAUAUAAGCACAUUAUAUAUUUGCAUACAUUUGCAUACAACAAUAAACAUGAACGAGACCUCAUGAGAAGUACGUUUUUGGCGCCAAACGCCAGCAUCCAAGCCACAGCACACUAACAAACAAAUCACAUUAAACUGAAAUCUCGCGUGUAAUUGAACUAUUCAAUAUAUAUAUAUUUCUCUAUAUAUACGUCUGUGUGUGUUUAUAUAUAUAGCAAAGAAACAUGUAAUAAAAUAAAGUAAAAUGAGCAGAACAGCUAGUAUAAACAAACAGUAGGGAAGAAUUUUGAAUAGCCCUCUGGCUUGUGGUUGUAAAUAUACAGCGGCGAACACCCAGCUGCUGAAACAAGAUUGUGACAGUGAGCGUGCACACACACACACACACACACACACACACACACACACACACACAGACACGCUCACUCAUAUUUAUAUAUAUAUAUAUAUAUAUAUAUAAAUAUAUAUAUAUAUGAAUGUAUGUAUGUAUAAAGAAGGCUUCUGCUACAUGAACUCAGAACAGUGUUUUCGAGUUUGAUAAUCCUUAUUAUAAACCAUUGUUAUUAUAAGUCAUCCUAUGCAAGUUUGCGCACCGUAACAGCAUGAAGAACGGAACAAUGUUUAUGAAUUUAUAAAUAGACAGACAAACAGACAGGCAGACAGCGAAACAGAUAGAUAGAUAGAUAGAUAGAUAGAUAGAUAGAUAGAUAGAUAAGAGAGAGAAAGAGGAAGAGCAACAGACGCAGGUGCUGCCGAAAGCCAGGUUAACCAGCUGAAGACAAACCAACACACAAACAAAACAAGAAACUGUAGUUACACAUUAACAAAUCCACGCGAUUCAUGUACAAAAUACAGAAAUACAUUCAUACACUGCAAGACAAACUUAUUUACACAUAUAUACACAUCUAAAUUGCACCUGAUUACGUGAAUUGUUACCACCACCCUUUCAACUCCCUUCUUUCGUGUGGAUUAUUUAACCUACGAGUAACGAGUACAGCUCAGUACACUUUGGCUUGGAGCUGUCAUUGGAAUCUCAGCUUGAACCAAACUUUGUGUCUCCGUGACCUUUGACCAACAAAGCAAAAAUAUAGGAAACCCAAAAAAUACUUUCUGAGAUGCUCAUCGGUGGACGAUAACAUUAGUUUUGGACUGCCUGAAAAUGAUUUUCUGGCAGCCUGUGUGUUUUAUUGUUUUUGGAGUUAUUCUCCAGAUUAAAGCUGAACGGAUGGAAACAAAGGAGAUGGUAGCCUUUGUAUGUGAGAAAAACAACUUAACGCUGGACUGUGGAGACACCGGCAUCAUCAGAAUAACCCGUGCCAACUAUGGUAGGUUCACCAUCAACCAAUGCAAUUUCUUUGCACAAGUAGAUGGUUGGAAUAUACAGUGUCACUCAAAACUCUCAAAUAUCGUUGCACGUGAAAGGUGUGAUGGACGUGUCAGUUGUAAAAUUCCUGCUGAGAAUUCCAUAUUUGGAGGAGACCCCUGUACUGGCACCUUCAAGUACCUUGAGGUACAUUACAUAUGUGAGAAAGACUCUGCCCCAACAUUUCCAAAAUCUCAGGUGGCUAAAGUCGGUGAUACAGUAGAGCUAAUGUGCUCAAAAGAAGAGUUUGGUGACUCUGCUAUACAGCUCCUAGCAAGAAUCAAAUGGUCUAAAGUUGAUGGAAAACUACCGAAUAGAGCCAAAAUUGAAAGAAAUAAACUCAUUAUACAGAAAGCAUCUUUGAAAGAUGCUGGCAUUUACUGCUGUACUAUCACACUUGGAACAAAGUCUUUCCAGUCCAAAAUUACACUCAAUAUCACAUCGUCAUCACAUAGACCCCCACAUUUACCCGAAACUACCACCGUUCCAUCAACCACAACAACUACCACCACUAGAAGACCAAUUCCUGUACAUACUACAAAAAAGCGUCCAGAACCGUCCACUGUAAGUUCCACGACAACAAAAAGAACUACUACCACUACAACUCGAUCAACAACAACCCCAAGACCAAAGAGUACCAGCCGCAAGUAUAAUAUAAGAACGAAAAGCGUCACGACCCAAACUACUACACCAUACAGACUAAUUUCUACAACAUAUCGAGCCAAAAAGUGCCCAGAGAAAACUGUUGAUGGAAUAUGGUGGCCUACUGUGCAUUCUGGGGUUGUGAGUGAACGACCUUGCCCAGGGGUUAAAGUUGGAAUCGCUAGAUGGCAAUGUGGGGAAAGUCAUUGGAUUCGACCAGCUCCUAACUACACUGAUUGUGUGGCACCAUGGCUGCAAGAUAUUGCAAAUAAUGUACGUGACACGUUAAAAUCUGAUGUAAAUGGUACUCAACCUCAAACAUCCAUGGGCAACCUUUCAAAACAUAUGAAAGCUUCUUAUCUUGGUUCUGGUGAUAUUAUAAAAACUACGAAAGAGAUUAUUCCAGGCCUUACCAGAAUACUACAGAGAGAAGUUGAGCAUACGAAGCAUAAAAUGAAACUGGUGACAAAUUUUACUGAGGGAUUCCUCAGUGUCGGCAGUACUAUGCUACAGGAAAACCAGAAAGGAGGAUGGGAAGAAAUGCCACCAUUUGAACGUUCCAGUGUAGCAACAAAUUUGGCUUACACUAUGAAGACAACAGCUUUUAAAAUGGCUUCACUGCUGACCAUGCAAUCUCAAAUAGAGAUAGCUACAGAUAAUAUUGACCUCGAAAUAAAGGUUGCAGAAAUUACACAGCACCUACAAGAUGUUAAAAUGCCUUCCAGUCAGUAUUUUCGUUCCGUUGAAGACUACAUUGUUAUACCAAAGGAAAAUUUAAUGAAAUAUUCUCAUGGAGGUUUGUAUCGUGCUGUCUAUAUGGUGUAUAAGAACCUUGAUGAUUUGCUCAACAAUGAGUUAGAUGAAGAUGUAAUGGAAACUGACAAAAAACAAGGAGCUGGUGAUGGUGAUGAUGGUGGUGAUGAUGAUGAUGUGGUGGACAAGAAAGAAUCUGUCCAUGUUGAAACCCGUGUACACAACAAGAAAUUCAAAGAAUCCCCUCAGCUUGAUAUCCAACUACAAGAGACAGAUAGUGACCAAGAAACAGUUGAAACAGAAAUACAAGCCCCACAGAAAAUCAACACCCGAAUUUUGUCUGUCACCAUUGACAACCGACAAAAUACACAGUUAGAAAAGCCAGUGGUUUUUGUAUUGAAGCAUCUCGUGGAUCAAGACCCACGGAAUGCAAAAUGUGUAUUUUGGAAUUAUACAGUGCGAAACAUGGAUGGCCGUUGGUCCAGAAAAGGCUGUCAGCUUUUGUCCACCAAUAUGACCCACACAGCUUGUAAAUGUAACCAUCUAACUAGCUUUGCUGUACUUAUGGACUUCAUUGGCACCAAGCCCCCAGGCCCACAUGUUGAUGCCCUGUACAUUAUCACUUUCGUUGGCUGUAUUCUCUCCAUUAUCGGCCUCUUCUGCUGUUUUGUAACGUUCAGCUACUUUAGGAAUUUGCAAAGUAGUCGAAACACUAUCCAUAAAAACCUGGUUCUCUGUUUGAUGUUAGCUGAAAUUACAUUUCUAGCCGGUAUACACCAGGUCAAAAAUAAAAUUUUCUGCGCUGUGAUUGCUGGUGUUCUUCAUUUUCUCUUUUUAGCAGCAUUUUGUUGGAUGUGUCUUGAAGGCAUCCUGCUCUAUAUAAUGCUUAUUGAAGUCUUUGAGGCAGAAUCUCGUCGAACUGCUUUUUACCUUUUUGGUUAUGGAAUCCCUGCUCUGAUUGUUGGAAUCGCACUUGGUGUAGAUUACAGAGGAUAUGGCACAGAUAGGCAUUGCUGGUUGAAGAUUGAUAAUUACUUUAUACUUAGCUUUGUGGUACCGGUUGGCAUUAUAAUUCUUAUUAACAUGUUCAUGUUGCUCUUAGCAAUAUACAUGAUGCACACUCACGCCAACACUGCUAAUUCUAAAGAACGGUCAACUAAAGAAAAGAUAAAUGGACACCUGAGCACAAGCAGUGACCUUGCUCUGUGCGGUUCUCAAUCCAAACUCUCCUAUCUGGCAGAUAUUCCAGGAUGGAUCAGAGCUGCUUGGAUACUGAUCAUUUUGCUUGGUCUCACUUGGAUCUUUGGUUUAUUCUAUGUAAACCAAGAAACACUCUUCAUGGCAUACAUUUUUAACAUUCUGAAUAGUCUACAAGGAUUUUUUAUUUUUAUUUUCCACUGCCUUCUGAAUGACAAGGUUCGCAAAGAAUACAAAAAAGCUAUCAAGAGCUCAACUUGGCUUCCAGAAUGUAUUAAACCGUGUUGUGGAGCAGCCUCUACUGAAAGAUCCUCAACUCCAAAUCCUUCAACAUCUUCAGGAAAUUAUUUCUCCAGACUCCUCAAGAAAAGGAAGAGUUCUACCACUAGCAAUAUCAGCAAGACACCUGCUAGAAUUCGCAGUCCUGUGAGUGCUGAUACAACUGGGGAGUCGGAUUAUCAUACAUCCAAGCGAGGCUCUUCAGAAUAUGAUUAUCCAGCACACCAUUUACCAAACAGGCAGUCCUACAAUGACCAACAUAUGUACCAUGAUGUUAAUGAGCUGUCGUUAGCCGACUGCUCAGUGAUCAACAGUGACUAUGUAAGUGAGUAUUGUCAGACUAACCUCCAAGUCAGCCAUGAGAAUCAACUGAGUCCAGUGAUAUCUAUAGACUCUGGCGCUGAUUCUGACACAGAUUCCAUAGUGAAGAGACGAGAUUCCAUUCUCUCAAGAGACUCGAAUAUUCAAAAGAGAGAUUCAUUUGAAUCAGACGACAAAAUAUUAGAACUUGAUGCCGAUCUACUGAAACUAGCUGAAAAAGAGAAGCUUAAUGAAGAAUACGAACCUCUUAUGUACCCCAACUCUACGACACUGGAAAAUCGCAACCGAAUAAACCAGAUGUUGAACAAAGCUGACAUGAACUGUGCCGGCGAUGUUGAUAGCAUCAGUAAUGGUGCAAAACCCCCAUUAAGAUCUGUGAAUAACUAUCAUGUGACACCACUGUGUCAUCCAGAGAAGCAAUUGGUGGACGACAAUAGCCAGCAGCCUUUAUUGCAGACCGACAUCAUCGGUAACCCCUCUUGCAUGACUGAAAACGCUGCAUACCGAGACACAUCACAUUCCAAUCCAUAUAGCUCUGUUAAUGUUGCUAUGCCCAAUGGCACUAAUAGUGACAGACCUUUAUCAGAAAGAGCAAAGCACAGAGUACUCGGAGAACCGCAUUCCAAUAUAGUCAAACAAGGAAGAAGGACUGAAGAGCUUCCGAGUUUUUCAGAAUGUUAAGUUUGAAAGUUUGACUGAAAAUUAAACAAAUCCCUCCUGUUUCUUUUCAUAUCUUUUAACCCUAUACAAUCCCAGAGCCCAUGUUCCUCUUCUAUAAAAAAAAAGACAAAAAAAAAAUAAACCAUGCUGCUGUAUUAUAAUUGUGGACUUUCGUGUUACAAGACAGAAAAUAGCACAAACAAUAAUGCUUCCCCUUGCAAACAAAUAAAACUCAUGCUAGUCCCUUACCCCAAACCCACAUAUUUUUUUUAAUAUUUUUUUUUUCCUUGUGACGCUGGAGAAAAGGACAUUUUAAAAUACUUUGAAGGAAGUAUAUAUGCUACCAGUCUCUGUAGGAAGACAUACAUCUAUAUAUAUAUAUAUAUAUAUAUAUAUAUAUAUAUAUAUAUGCAUACUAAUGCUAACAGUACAGAGUUUCCAACAGUUUGUAAAGUGCAGCUACAGGGAAGGUGUUAUAUAUAUUAAUGUUCUAAGACAAAAGCAUAUGACUCAUGUAAAACAGAGUGGGCGGGUGGGGCAGGUAUUGAUCCCUUCACUUAAAACAAAAUAUACAGAAUGAGCAUUGCUCAUAAGAAUCAGUUUACUUGUCUUCUGCUAUUAUUAUCAUCUGAAGGGAUUUUGCACCCACUCAAAUUGGAAUACAUUGCAUUACAAGAUCACAUCAAAGGAAAACAGGAAUAUAGAUACAUAGAUAGAAAUAAAGAUAGAUAGAUAUAUAGAUAGACAGACAGACACAAUGCCAUAUAGAUCCAUGUUCUUAAGCACAUACAUAGAUGCUUAGCUAAUUUUUUUAAAAAAAGGAAGCUUAUAUAUGUUCCAUCUUACUUGAAGGCAAAAUGUGACUUCAGAUCAAAUAUUAUAUAACACCUUUAUGUGUGUGCAUGAAUAUGACAAGUAAGGAGACAGAGGAUCUGUACAUUUGUGUGUGUGGUAUGUGAAAACUUCCAAUAAGCUUUGAAAUCCUACAAGAGAAAAGAGUUGGCUGAUCUAUUUUCAAUAAUUUUGAGUAAGGAAGUUUCUAUAUGACAUUUUAAAUGGCACUAUUCCUCCUUUGAAUUUCUUUCAUUCUCUCUCUCUAUGUGUUGAUGUGGGCUUAUGAAUGUGUGUGUGUGUAUAUCUAUAUAUAUAUAUGUAUAUAUAUAUAUAUAUAUAUAUAUAUGAUAUGAUUCUCCCUUCUGUCAACAUAAGAGGGUAUGCUUGGGCAUAAUAUUGAAUUACUUAGAUUAUAAAUCUGCUUAAAGUAUUCCAAGAUAUUUCCUGAUUAGGCUUUAAUUUAUUAUCAGAUUAUCACGUGGGAGAUGUUUUCAAAUAAGCUUUAUUGGUUUCCUCAAAUUUCCCUAGAAUCAUUUUUUUUUUUACUUUCUAAAUUCUCAAAAUGUGAAAAGAUCAGCAGGACUGAAGGGGCUUGCUGAAUAUAGGUUACCAAAAUAUUUUCCAAACAAAACUAUGUCAAUCUUAAUUAUUCAGAGCUUAUGAAAUGUUUCAACUGCUUGGAAUUAAAAGUUAUCUUUUUUUAUUUA